CUGCCGUUCUGCUGCUGAAGUGAAACUGUCCAGGCGUGUUGUCGAGCGUUUCCAUUUCGUGGUAUACGCAGCCUUCUCAGAGCUGGGAGCUGCACACUGGCGCUCCAGGGACUUCUGGCUGCUCGCCCUGCUGGUAGUUCUGCUUUGGUUCGUGAGGCUUUACCUGCAUUAUUUGAGCCAAUGGCUCUUCCUUCAGACCAUCUCGGUUCCUGUCACAAAAUUCCAGAUUUUCCCGCACACUGUCGAACUGUGCUACCAGAACUCCUUGCUGCAAACCAGUGAAGAGUUGGUCAUGGUUGUGGUGGGACCCUUAACCUUGAACGCAGGGCUGCUUCUUAUGGUCCUGAUCAGAUGGGGCUGUCAGCAGCUGUUUGACUCAUUCCCUUCCUUCUUGUCAAAGUUUAUCAUAGCUCUGGGACUCUGGACAGUGCUAGACCCCUUGGCAGUGUUCAUAGUGGAUUCAGUCCUGGGGCGACUUGGAAACAGCGUAGAGAAACCCAUUGCUGAUGCUACAAAGCUCUACUGGGUCUUUCUAAGAGCAGAGGAGUCAGGGAUUCCUGGUGCCUUAAUCACUGUGGUGCUUUAUACAAUCCUGUUCAUCAUCUCAUCAACAGUCCUGUACCUGUACUUUUUAAGGCUACAUAGCGAAGGUUGGCUGUUGGAUGUAUUUCAACGUCUUCAUGGUGAGGAAGGCACGUUCUUUGUUCCGCUGGACUUAGAGAUUUCCAGUCAGGAGCUGAGCUACAUUAUGAAGAGGGCUAAACAGUGGAGAGGAAUCAAUGGUGAAAGACGGAUGGUGAGUGGCGAACAGAGUCUCCAAAAGGAGCCUGUGACAUACUUGUCCAAAUUAAUGCUUUGUAUUUCUGGGUAUUACCUAAAAGGACCUAGAUAUACAAGAAAAUUAUUCUUAGGAGUCUGCCUCCAGGCAAAUUACCGGCCACCAGAUGACUUUGAGGAAGGGUCAAUGAAUGAUGCUCCAGCCAAGCAUCCCGUUUCCCUCCUUUCUACUUAUGCCUACCCUGGAACAAGGGUGGGUGGCAAGGCAGAUGCUUCUGAUGCCAUCCGUACCUGGUCUCGUAUGGAUACGGUGCCACCGGGAUGGAACAACCAGGAACUCCUGAAGGAGGUCUUUGCCCUGGUGGCAGUGUCUGAUUACAUCUGGAAGGACCAUGCCGGCAAGCCUGGUGUCUCCAGCUGUGACCUCCAGCACCAGGAUGAAAUCCCCGACUCCACAGCUACCUCGAGAGGUAGUACCACCGUUCACGUCUCUGUCUACACCGUUCAUCUCAGCGGCUUCCAGGAGCUCUACAGGCACUUCCUCAAGCUACCUGAUGGGGCUAUCGUUGAG